CCCCACCACUUCUCCUUCAUCCGCGAGGGGCACAACUAAGAGAGGGCGGCCAGUGCUCUCCAUCCGUCUAGGGGGCUCCAUCCGCGCUGGAGUCGAUCGUACAGCCGGCGGCCUCCAUCCGCGUCGGCAGCCUCCAUCCGCAGCAGACAGUGCUAACUGGUAAUGGCACGGGGUGGGAAACAACGCAUUACUCGUAGCCAUGAUGAGUACUUGUCUGAGGACCAUAUUGGAGAGAAAAGUCCCCAAAAAAAUGUUGCAUCAUCUGAACAAAACAUAAGUAAUAAAGAAGACCAUUUAGAUAGCAGAAGCGAUAAUGAGUCCCAAGACAUAACUAUGUCAAAUAACAUAAAUGGAGAGGACCAACUUGAUGGCGCUGAUGAGGUUAAAGAGGUUAAAAGGCGUGGGAAGACAAAACUUAUUAAUGUUUGGAACAUUCCAAGAGGCCAUAGGGUUGUAGUUAAUUGUAAUGAGCUGAAUCAGCCUAUCGGAGAAGAGGCAGGAGUCCUUGCAAAAUUCCUUGGCAUGGUUGCUAAGAAUGGCUCCUUGUGUAGCUUAAGCUUCAAGGAUUGGAGACUACUUAUAGGAAAGAAAGAUAGGAACCAUAAACAAAUCAAUAAGGAGGCCAUUCUUAAUCAAGUAAAGAAGAGAUUUCUUUACCCUGCCCGCAUGGAAACAUGGGUGCUGCGACCAAUUGGAGAGAGAUGGAGGCAACACAAGUCCAAUUUGAAAUCCAUUUAUUUUGACCCACAUAAGAGUCAGGAUGCUAAUAAUAGUAAUGCUCCUGAUGGUGUAUUAGCUGAUCAGUGGGUUGCGCUUGUCAAUAAUUGGAUGACCCCUAAAGCACAGGAUUUAAGUGAGGCCAAUAGGAUAAAUUGUACAAGAAGAAAGUCAAUGCAUACAUCUGGAACAAAAAGCUUUGCUCGGAGUAGAGAAGAAUUGGUAUUAUGUUUGCAAUUAUAAUUCGCAGCAUGUUCUUUACAAAUGUCAAAAAUCCAUGUUAAUUUGCCAAUAGAACCAGAGCAUACGUUGGUAAGUCAUAUAAAUAAGUGUUGGUAAACUGCAACAGAUUUUUAUAAGAUA